CAUGGGCAGUCUGGGCUCCUUGGAGUGAUCCGGAGAGAGCGCUGAUUGAUGCUUCUUCACCUGCCCCUCUCUGGACAAAAGCCCCAGCCUGGGCGGUUCCUGCACGAGAAACAGUAGAGGCAUCAAUAACAAUAGUGCGAUCGCUGGAAGGACAGAGCUCAGGAGAAGGACAGCAUGCUGAUCACAGGACGUGUGUAGAUGCCACACUGAAUGAAGCCUUCUGCGAGCAGGGCUGGCUGUUUUGUCUCUUUAGGUUUUAUUUGCACUAAUGUGCUCCUCUACAAUCUGAUAUGAAGAGAUCACUCUUUCCAGUCUUUGUGGGGCUGUGUUCCUUACUACUGGGAUCACCAGGAGCUAGAUGUUUUUCUGUUGGAAAACGGGAUGUUUUCACCAUCCCAGAGAUAAAAGAAGAACUUGGUGACAUUGGUACAAAUAGCACUGUCACCCCCAAACCAUUUAUUGAGACAUCCCUAACUGUAACAGAGCCACCACUUAACAAGGAUGUAGUCAACAGAACCAGAAAUGGGACUUCACUAGAAAAUAUUUUGUCCGUUGAAGAAAAACCACAAAGUAGCCAGACUUCAGAAGUCAAUAGCCCUAUUCUUAUAAUUCAUGAUAAUUCCAAUGGGCAGGACAAUACAACCGUGGAAAAGUUGAUUUUAACUACUUCAGUGUCUACAGAGGAUUAUAUCACAAGAAUAACUUCUCUUGGAGACACCACAGAACUGGAUUUAUCUAAACAUGACCAAGAAGUAGGCGGAAAAGACACAAAGCUAGAAGAAAGUAAUUUAGAAAAUCCACCUCAAGUUAACACUGUAGAAAUGCUGACUACCAACCCAAGAACCAGCAGUACUAAGGUAGUAGAUGACAUGUCUACUGUUCCCUUAGCUUUUGUGGACCAGCCAGGCCAGGCCACGCUUGAUAGCCUUUUAAAAGAGGAAACGGUCCCUGAAGAGAUUUCAGUGACUUCAGUAAAUGUAGAAAAUGCUGUAUCCCUUAAUAUACCUUAUGAUCUGGAAUCUGCAACAGCGAUAAGUAAAGAAACUAAUUUCACUGUGCCAUGGGCAAGUGAGGAAUGGGAUGAUACAAAACUGACAACACAGAUUUCCCUAACACUGAAUACACAAAAUGACAUCACUCCAGCUCAUGAUACAACUACACAUACUACAGAUGGUAGCCCAGAGAGUGGAAUAAGUUCAUUGUUCAAUACGUCUCCAGGAGUUGAUGUCCAAGGUGACACAGACUUUAUUGUUAACAUACCUACAGAACAGAUUCCAACCGAUCAUUCAGGACCUGCUGCUCCUACUGCAGAUGAUAGCACUACUAUGGAGCAAAACAGCUCACCCUCAAAGCAGAUCAUAGACUCCGCAACCAGCUCAAGUCAGGAACUUUCUGCUUCAGAACAAGGUGUCAAACAGGAGGUCUCUGAAGUAGCCGUGCACCGUGAUGCCACACCAUCAGCUGCCGUUUUUAUGGACGUUACUACUAAAGAAAACAGCCAGAAGCUUGACUCCAGUAACAAUGAUGACGAGCCCACUUCAGAGGACCCAUUGCCUGGCAGCAGUACGCCACCUCUUGAAGUUGUCAAAAACACUGAUGAUGCUGAUUCUUCAUAUUAUGUGUCGUCAGCUGGAAUGCCUGUGGUUGAAGUGACUACCGCUGUAUUAAUUAUGGCAGAUACUGACAAAGAUAAGGCGAUGACAGUCGGCACAGUUACAUCUGCACCUCUGACCUCCCAAACGAAUGUCCUGGCUCCCCCUGCAAGACGAGUCAGUUCCACAGAGGCUGAUGGGUUGGAAAAGCAGGAUUCUGAGGAAACAGCUGAGGAAGAUGAGGACGAAGAAGACGACGAUGAAGAUGAUGGAGAUGAAGAUGAAGAAGAGGAUGAUGACAAAUAUACAGACUCCUUAAAUGAGAGUGUAGAAGGAGAUUCAUAUAUGGCACAAUUCACCCUCCCAGGCUUGCCCUCCCAGGAGCCUUUAGAAGACAAGAACAAUGUUGUGUUGGUAGAUGGGGCAGCAUACCAGGUUCCUGACUCCCAGGAAUGGGAACAGCAAAACCAAGGAUUAGUAAGAAGCUGGAUGGAGAAACUUAAAGACAAGGCUGGGUACAUGUCUGGCAUGUUGGCACCAGUGGGAGUUGGGAUCGGUGGAGCUCUUUCUAUCCUCGGAGUUCUGUACGGCAUAAAGUUUAUGAAUCGCCGCAGGAGAAAUGGCAUUAAACAGCAUAAGAGAAAGCAGAGAGAAUUUAACAGCAUGCAGGAUCGAGUGAUGCUCUUAGCUGACAGUUCGGAAGAUGAGUUUUGAACCAUUACUGCCUGAAUGCGGGGAAUUUUGCAACGAAAAUUUUGAAAACCAAAAUGACAUUUUCACUGCUAUUAGCCAGCUGUAUAACACCUAGUAGUAAUUACCAUGCGUUGGGGUCGAUGGCAUGUUGUCUUGUACAAUGAUCCUUGUUUUCACUUGACUGUGAAAUAAGUCCUAUCAUCCGGCCAGCCUCUGGUGGAUUCCAGCCUGCAAACCCUGUUUGAAUACACGCUGCUCCUUGACAAUAUGCAGAGUUCGUAUCGUGCAAGUGAUAUAUGUUUUAUAUACGUUUUUUCUUUUGUACUGAAUUACACUGUUAUUAUCAAUGUACUUAUCUUGUGAAGAACGCCAAAGCUACAAAUGGUAAGGACCACAUUACAUCAAAACGAAGUUAAAGAAGCAAUCUCGCUCCACAUAAAAAUACAGAAAUAUCCUGCCAUGCAUUGAUUGCAUUUGUGUGUAAGGUGGGUAGGGAAAUAUUCCUUAUUUAGAGGUAUUAUGUGACUAAUUUGGGGUCACAUAUUUUUAUUUUGUGUUUCUGAAAACAGAAACAAAUGUUGAAAUGGUCAUCACAUUAAGAAGCAAUAGACUUUACAUUAAUGGUUUUUGGGGUAUCUGGGGCAUGUGUGUAAAAUGCAUUGGUCAGCUCCUCUUACCCAGAGUAAGAAGAUUGUAUACAAUAUACAUUAUCUGCAAUACACCACUAAUCAUGCAAUAAAGAACUUAGCACGGAUUUAUACUACACGGGAGGUUAUUGAAAGAAGUUGUAUCCACAGCGACCUUCCUGAAAAUGGUAGUCCCUCUAAUAGAAAUCUGAUUUAUCGGAAUGGAGGUUAAAGAUGUUUAUAAAACGGGUUGCAUUAUCAGCAUGCUUAUUGUGUGAAUAUCUAAACUAACUGUAUAAUAUGCAAACUGGGAACUGUCCUUAAAGGACAUUUUUCUGCUGUAAAUAAGGAAACUAUAAAAUUAGCUAAAUUUUGUUCUUCAGUGGCUUUAUUUAAAGAUAAAAUGCAUUUCAUGUUCAUGUCCUUAAAGGAACGGCAUAGCGUAUACUGUACCUAGAAACCGCACCAUAUGUCAUAGAAAUAAGGAAACACUUUUGAUUUGUGGGCAGUGCAUUGAUCAUAACUCAGUUCUCCACAGGUAUACCAUGAUGUGUGCUUUAAAUUCACCAGUUAGUAAUCCAGGUCACUAAAAACAUUAUGACAAACAUUUGACUUUGUAAUCAUUGGUUUGAUAUUAGACUGGAAUAAAUAUCUUAUUAACCUG